GUAAAUGAUACGACAGGAGUUUGGUACUUUUUAGAACUUCUUUGACACUUACUGUUGUUAUCACUAUUAUAUUCACCAUUGUUGUUCUAGUCGAUAUCUUCCAAAAGCGUUUGAGCGUUCUCUCUCAUUCAUCGUGUUAGGUGUCUUCUAUAAACCUACGUUUACAAACAAUUUGGAAAAAUGGUAAGUUUUAUUUUAUCCAUUUCAAUCUAAUAUGUAACUAAUAAAACAGCAAUGUAAUUUAUUUAAUGUUAAUCUAUACUUACGUUGUUUCAAUAAUUACCAAUAUUUGUUUAUAAUAAUUGUAUUGUCUUUUGACUUUUCGAUACUCUGUUUUUGGUUAAGUUACUGAUUGUUGUAAUCCGAUAUUCUUGCACUAAAUUUUAUUUUGAAGUUACAAUUAAAUUUAUUAAAAGUUCCAUGGUUGUACGAAAUGUUUAGAAUAAAUUUCAUACCUCCUUGUACUUACUGAUUUUUUAAUAGUCCAAUCUGUUAUAAUAAUUAUUGUUAUUUAAUUUCUAUUUCAUUAAGUAUAACUGAUUAUUUAAUAUUUCACGUUUGUUCAUUUUUACAACUAUUUUUUAUGUGCUAAUCUUGGGAGAUAUUCUUAUAAUAAAAAUCUUCAUGAACAAUGGACAUUAUUUUAUUAAAUACUUACAAAUAUAAUAUAAUACAAUUUGUAUUACAUAUUAUAGUAAUAGCUGCUUACUUGGCUUAAAAAUAAUGUUAUGUUUAAAAUACAAUUUCAAAUUUGAAUUGAGAUUUACAUUUUAUUUAAUUAUGAACCCUUUUUAAUAAACCUGCUAAUUUUAUGAUUUCAGGUUAAUGUACCUAAACAGAGACGUACAUACUGUAAGAAAUGUAAGGUACAUAAGGUACACAAAGUAACACAGUACAAAAAGUCAAAGGAACGUCAACAAUCCCAGGGUCGUCGUCGUUACGACCGAAAACAAGCUGGUUUUGGUGGUCAAACUAAGCCUAUUUUUAGAAAGAAGGUAAACAAUUUAUUUUACUACUAAAUAGUUGUAAAUGUGGUGUUUUUUUUUUUUUUUUUGAAUCCUGUAACCAAAAUUGAAAAACUCUUCAACCUUUUUAAUUUUCUUUGUCUCCAUCUAUCAAUAUAUCUCAGACUGUUACUCCGUUAUUUUGUCACAGAUUUUGAAAAUUCAUAAAAUUGUAUAUUCAACAGAUUUAAAAAAUCUUUCUAGCCAUGUGAUCCAAAAUUGAAAAAAGUAACACUAGACAUAAAUGAAAAAUAUUUUGAACAAAAUAUAUAAUAUACUAUGGAACUCUAAAUUAAUGUGUGUAUGGCCCUUUGCAAAAUUUCUUUCCCCUAAAAGUAUUUGAAUAUGAGUUAGUCAUAAACGUGACUAAAAUAUUUAAUUUAUUGAACUUGUAAAAUAAAUAAAAAUUAUACCUUAUGUAACAGUGUAUUCUGGUAAUUAUCAAGUAUAAAAAAAUUGACAUACUUCACAUUAUGGGUGGCCCGCAGUUGUAUGUGAGAAGGUGGGAUAUAAACAAGAAUUUAAUGCAUACAAUGAUUAAUCAUUGCUAAUGAAAAAUGAUUUUGAGCUCAGUUCGGUUUUUCAUAUUUUAAAAGGUUGUAAUAUUUACUAUUUGAAAAUUAUGCAUUUCGUAAUAAUCCUCAAUUUUUCCAAUUUAUUAUAAAAUAAAAAAAUCAAUUCUCUAAAGUACCACCUCAGUCAGAGUUCCUUUCAGAAAAAGAGCUAUAAUUAAAAACGCAAAAAAAAAUUCUGGUAGAAAAGUUGUCUACAGAUAAUAGGAAAUAAAUAAAUAAAUACUUUAUUGCAAAACCAAUACAUUCCUCUCUCCACUUAAAAUCUAAAAUAUUAAAUAAAAUAAUGUAUUUAGCUUACCCUAAUUUAUAAUUGUUAAUUAGGCUAAAACUACCAAGAAAAUUGUGUUAAGGAUGGAAUGUUCUGAAUGCAAAUACCGUAAACAAAUUCCAUUAAAACGUUGCAAACAUUUUGAAUUGGGAGGUGACAAAAAACGAAAGGUAAAACUAUUUUUUUACUGUAGUUUAUUUAUUAUUAUUUAAUUUGAAUAUUUAAUUUUUCAGGGACAAAUGAUCCAGUUUUAAGUGUCAAAAAUUAUUUUGUUACUUUUAAGACCAAUAUAUAAGUGCACUGUAAAUUGGUUUUUUUUUUUAAUCCUUCAUAGUAUUUCCUUCAAUAUAAUACUAUAAUUGUGUAAAAUACAUUAACCACAUGUUUUUUUCUCUGAGCUGACUUUAAGAAUAAGUCAAAUGUUAUAUAUUUUAAUAAAUAUGUUUACCAUUUGUACUUAUAAGUACUAUAUACUAAAAGUACUACUACUUAAGUACUAUAUAAUUAAUAAAUAAUUAAAUCUUUACAUUUUCAUAUUUAUAAUAUAUGUAAUUUAUAUUCCCUGCGCCUCAAUUUUAGUGUUUUAAAUUUAUGUUGAUAUAUAAAAAUAAUUCAGAGUAUUCCACACCCUUGUUUAAUGUCUUGAUCUUAGAAACUCGUGACAGCAAAUUUGCAUUCAUUAGAAUACAUUUUGUACCAUUAGUAUUAAUAUUAAAGAGAAUUGACCUAUUCCUAAACUUAAAGAUAAGAAUCCACAAUGUGUAAAAUACCAUUAUUUCAAAAUGAUAAUGUCAUGCAUACAAAUUAAAAAUUGAGAAAAAAACAUUGCUAGACACAUAUAAUUUGCUUACCUUUACGUUUUGUAAUAAAUCAAUUUGCUUAAUAUUAAAACUUAUGAUACAGAAUGUAUUACUGAACGCAAAUUUCCUAUGUCUCACGUUUGUGAAAUUAAGGUGGUCAAUGUCCUAACAAUAAUGAUAAUAAAAUACAUAUUAAGAAAUAUUUAUAAGUACUCAAGUUAAUAAUAAUAAAAAAAUUUGCUUAAGGUAUAAAAUUAGUUAAGAUAUUGAGCCUAAAUAAAUGUGAUUGAAAACGAGCAAAAUAUGUAAAA